AUGUCGCCAAGCGCCAUUACCCCAGAGCCGACCUUCACGGUCACGCCGAUGAAGAAGACUGCCGAGGAGAAGCACGACUUUGGUGCCACGGUCACCGGGCUGGACCUCAAUGAAAUCAGCGACGCGGACGUGAAGGCCCUCUCCAACCUCAUCUGGACACACAAGUUGCUCGUUGUGAAAGGCCAGCAAGAGCUGGAGCCCAUCAAGCAAUGGGAGCUGGUCACGCGGUUCGACCCCACCGCGCCCAAGGUACACUCACAUGGCAGCGUCAAGACCUUCAACAAGGAAGGCGGCCUGUUGUCUAAAGCUCGCGACGUCUACGGCAUCCCCGGCGCAGAAAAUGUUCGCCUCGUCGGCAAGGGCUACCAGGGUCCUGACCACUACGGCCUCAAGGAGAUAACGGUCAAGAAGCCCCUGAGCCACGACUGGCACUGCAAGCCGCAGGCCGAGGGCGAGUUCGAGGCCGGCAACACAAGGUUCCAGCGCUGGCACAUUGACGCCCCGCUCUACGCGCGCGACCCGGCGUACUUCACGACCCUCCGGUGCAUCAAGAGGCCCACCGAGCCCCAGGUCAACAUCCGCUGGGACGACGGCAGUGGGCUCGAGAUGAAGAGCGAGCCCGGCUUGACGGCGUUCUUCAGCAAUGUCCAGACGUACGAGCUCAUGUCGGAGGAGGAGAAGAAGAUUGCGGAUCACAGCUGGGUCGAGUAUGCGCCACAUCCGUACAUGUGGAUGGGCAACUGCAGAGGCCUCACAACUGGCCUGGGUGUCGCCACCGAGGGCCGGGAGAAGAAGCUCGAGGAGCUGGGUGACUACGACCCCAAAUCCGUCAAGACAUACCCCAUGGUCUGGGUGAAUCCCGUGACAGGCGAGAAGGCAUUCAUGGUGCAUGGUAUCUGCGCCCGUAAGCUGUUCCUUCGGUCGUCACCCGAUGAGACGCCUGUUGUCGUGGAGGACGUUGGAGAGAUCCGGGCUUUCCUGAAGACCAUUCAAGAGCGUGUACUGAAGCCAGAGUACAUUAUGCUGCCCAAAGUGGAAGAGGGCGACAUCAUCAUGUGGGCCAACUGGCAGACAUUCCACACGGCAGUUGACUACCCUGACUCUUGGGGCCCGAGGACAAUGCACCAGGCGAACAUCGGCGCGUCGACCUCGCCUGUGGGACCAGUUCCAAUUCCUGUGGCGGUCUAA